AUGUCGUCUCCAGCACGAUCGCACGCCAGUUACACCGUCGCAUGGAUCUGCGCCUUGCCGCUAGAAAUGACAGCUGCGAAGGUCAUGCUCGACGAGACCCACGACCCACUCCCUCAACAGUCGACAGAUCACAAUAUCUAUACGCUCGGGAGCAUCAGUGGACACAAUGUGGUUGUGGUGUGCCUCCCGUCGGGAGUGUACGGGACGACAUCCGCGUCGACGGUGGUUUCACAUUUGAUAACGACAUUUCCGUAUGUGCAAUUUGGAUUGAUGGUCGGCAUCGGCGGCGGUGUCCCUAGCCCCAGUGCCGAUAUCCGUCUGGGUGAUAUUGUGGUCAGCAAACCUACGCCAGCCUCGAGCGGCGUCGUGCAAUAUGACUACGGCAAGGCUCUCCGCGAUGGCCAAUUUCAGCGAACAGGUCAGCUGAACAAGCCGCCUCCGAUACUGUUGAAAGCGAUGACCCAAAUGGAGAGCGAUUACAUGAUGGGAAGAAAAAGAGUAGGUGAAAUACUGGCUCAGUCACUGGGGGAGAAUGAGGCAUUGCGAGAGCGAUUCGCUCGCCCCCAAAAUGACUGGCUCUUCCAGGCAACCUAUGAUCACGAUGGGCAAAGCUGCUUGGAGUGCGACUAUACCCAGCUCGUUAGCCGCCCCGAGCGAAUCACCGAUGAGCCAUAUGUUCACUACGGGUUGAUUGCUUCCGGAAACCAGGUCAUGAAAGAUGCUAACACCCGAGAUGUUAUCGCCAGAGACCUGGAUAUCCUCUGUUUUGAGAUGGAGGCUGCUGGACUGAUGGAUGAACUCCCAUCGCUGAUCAUACGGGGUAUCUCUGACUACUGUGACUCGCAUAAAAAUAAAGAAUGGCAAGGAUAUGCAGCCUUUGCUGCUGCUACUUAUGCUAAAGUACUUUUGCUGACUGUUCCGAACAAUCACCGGAAAGAUGUCCAUGAGCCUCAUCGGCCUCAAGAACAGUUGUGGGUGGUCCCAUUCGGUCAAAAUUCCCGCUUUGUUGGUCGAGGAGAGGAAAUCGGUCGAAUUGAAGCUCUACUCACCCAACCCAGUGGGUCAUCAAAUAUUGCCGUUUGCGGGCUGGGUGGAGUUGGAAAGACGCAGAUAGCCCUCGAAUUGGCAUACCGCAUGCGUAAUCGCGACCCUCAAUGGUCGAUAUUCUGGAUUCCAUGUACAGGUUACGAAAGUGUCGAACAGGCGUACAUCAGCAUAGCACAGAAAGUAGGGAUUGAAGUGAAAGCAGCUGAGGUGAAAAGUCAAGUCAAAGCAUACUUCAGUCAGAGAAGCGCCGGUAACUGGCUGCUGAUAUUCGAUAACGCUGACGAUAUGGAGAUGUGGAUCGACGGGACCAGUACAAACCCUGCGUUGAAGCAAUACCUCCCACAGAGCGAUAGAGGUCAUAUUGUGUUCACAACGCGUAGCCGGAAGCUGGCGGUUAAACUUGCCUCCAAAUUGAGUUCAGAUCAAAGUGCUACCUUGAAGCUCCUCGAGCAACUCGCCUGUCUUCCACUUGCCAUCUCCCAGGCAGCAGCGUACAUAAACGAGAACGACAUCGGCAUUUCUGACUAUCUGGAGCUUUUGGAGGCACAGGAAUCCGAUGUCAUCGAGCUUCUCAGCGAGGAGUUUGAAGAUGAAGGCCGAUACACAGACACGCAGAAUCCCAUUGCCACUACGUGGCUGAUCUCUUUCCAGCAGAUUCAACGUCUAGACCAAGUCGCAGCGGAAUACCUAGCAUUUAUGGCUUGCAUAGAUCCUCGUGAUAUCCCGCAGUCCCUCCUGCCGGAUUCCUUCUCCCGUGGUUCCAUCACGAAGAAAAAGCGGAUCGAUGCUAUUGGGUUGCUAAAAGGGUACUCUUUCGUCAAUGAACAAGCGGGCCAUGACUUUCUCAGUCUCCAUCGGCUCGUUCAUCUUGCAACGCGUAACUGGCUGCGUAUUAACCAGAAGUUCGGCGAGCAAAUAACGAAAACCGCAGACAGACUAAUGGAGGUAUUCCCCAACAAUAACAAUGAAAAUCGAGCUUUGUGGCGGGAAUAUCUACCUCAUGCUUUGUCCUUGAUCUAUGAAAAGGAAUUCGGCUUGCAACGACGCCACUAUAUCCCUUUGAUCCAGACAGUCUGUGAAUGUCUUGAUAAGGAUGGCAGAUAUAACGAAGCAGCUCUCAUGUGUGACGCAGUUGUGGGAUUGAAACUGGAAAAGGCCGGCGAGGAAGACCCAUCUACCUUACAAAGCAUGGGACUGCUGGCGAAUAUCUACAGCAGACAGGGACGCUGGAAGGAAGCCGAGCAUCUUUUCGAACGGGUGAUCGAUAUCCGCAAACGCGUGGUCGGACCCGAGGACCCAUCCACCCUCCGGACCAUGAACAACCUUGCAGCUGCAUAUCGCAAGCAGGGGCGCAAGAAAGAAGCAGAAGAGCUGGGAAAGAGAGUGGUUCAGCUACAGACACAACUCCUGGGACCAACCAACCUCCAAACCUUGGUCAGCAUGAACAGCCUAGCGAUGAAUUACAUCAACGAUAGGCGUUGGAACGAAGCAGAGGAGCUUGCCGCCCAUGUUAUGGCACAUCGCAUGAGAAUCUUGGGCCCGGAACACCCGGACACGUUGAUCAGCAUGGGAAACCUUGCCACCGUGCUCAGUAAUCUAGGACAACUGGAACAAUCACAACAGCUAGCGUUGGGGGUCCUGCAGAUGCACCAGCUUUCGCUGGGACCGGAGCACCCCCAUACGCUUAUCAGCAUGUCCAAUGUGGCUCGUCUGUGGAGGAAGAUGGGCAAGCUUGAGGCGGCCGUCGACUUGAUGACGGAGUGCCUGAAACUUAGAGAGAAGGUAUUUGGUGCAGGUCACCCCCGCGCCCUGUCUUCGCGCAAGAGCCUGGAAGACUGGAAGAUGGAGCUUGAACAGGGGUGGGACGUUGUAGAAAGCGAUACAGAGAUGAAUAAAUAGGAUGUGUCAGCGCAGGCUCCAGAAUAUGACUUUUAGGCUCUCUGGCCUGUUCAAGGUCUCCAAGAUUGGAACCGACCAAUGCCAGAUAACGUGAAGAUAACG